GGCAGUUUUUAUUACUUUAACUAUUUCAUUUUAACCUUUAUGUUCAAUCUCUACUAAGCUGGUUUUUUUACUCGGAACUUCAACAAAAUAUAAACAACCUAUUUUAAUACUAAAGCGUGGAAUGAAGACGAAAUUUUUUCUUUUCAUGACAUGUCUUCUUUCUACAGCGAUAUGUUAUCCUAAACACAAUACACACGCGCCCUGCAUCGAAGCGUUCCUGUGUGUUCACACCAAGAACACCCCUACUUGUGGCAGGGCUAGUAACAACGAGAUCCGACGGUUCCUCAACCCUUGUGACCUCAAAGAGUACAACUGCGAAUACGCUAGGGAUUUCAAACGUGUAAAUAUGGCAUUGUGCGAACAUCUACCGCUGUUAUAGAAUUCCAAACAAUACCAACAAUAGAAGUUCAACAAUAGCUAACUAGAAUAGAUCACUUCUGCGAGGGUAGCACGCCAAAUAUGUCCUUCAAAGCUGUAUCAGUUAUCGUCCUACUAUGUUGUAUGUUGACCUGGGCCCACGGACCUCCUAAAGAACGAGACAACGAGGAAAUAAGUAUGGGCCGGAAGGUAAAAAAAAUGGGCACAAAAUGGUGCGGCAUGGCGAAGACCUGCAACCACGAUCGCGUCCCAGUGUGCGGGGUCAGCCACGCCGGCGACGUAAUGGGCUUCCGAGACCUCUGUGACAUGUUCGACUUCAACUGCAUCCGCCGUAGAAAUUACAAGCAGACAACUUGCCCCCAAGACAAAUCAAUUCUCACCGUCUCUCGUCGCCCCACUAACACUUACUAUGACGAUUAAAUUAUAACAUUUAUAAACAUAAUAUAUUCUUU